AUGACAGCUUCAACACCAUAUAAAAUUGAAAAUCCAUUCAAAGUAGCCAUUAUUGGUUCAGGAAAUUGGGGUACAGCAGUUGCAAAAUUAGUUGCUGAGAAUUGUGCAGAAAAACCAGAAAUUUUCCAAAAAGAAGUUCCAAUGUGGGUAUAUGAAGAAGAAAUUACAAAUGACAAAGGUGAAAAAAGAAAAUUAACAGAAAUAAUAAAUCAGGAUCAUGAAAAUGUAAAAUAUUUACCUGGUAUAGAAUUACCUUCAAAUCUAGUAGCUAACCCAGAUAUUGUUGAUACUGUCAAAGAUGCAGAUUUAUUAGUCUUCAACAUUCCACAUCAAUUUUUACCAAGAAUAAAUAAACAAUUGAAAGGUAAUGUAAAACCAACAGCCAGAGCUAUAUCAUGUUUAAAAGGUUUAGAAGUUGAUUCAGAAGGUUGUAAAUUAUUAUCAACAUCAGUUACUGAUGAUUUAGGUAUAUAUUGUGGUGUUUUAUCAGGUGCCAAUAUCGCUACUGAAGUUGCAAAAGGUAAUUGGUCAGAAACUUCAGUUGCUUAUACUGUACCACAAGAUUUCAGAGGUGAAGGUAAAGAUAUUGAUGAAUAUGUAUUAAAACAAGUCUUCCAUAGACCUUAUUUCCACGUCAGAGUUAUACAAGAUGUCGUUGGUGCUUCUAUCGCAGGUGCUUUAAAAAAUGUUGUUGCAUGUGCCGUAGGAUUUGUUGUUGGUGCAGGAUGGGGUGAUAAUGCAAAAGCAGCUAUAAUGAGAAUAGGUAUAAAAGAAAUUAUUCAUUUUUCAUCAUAUUGGGAGAAAUUUGGAAUAAAAGGUUUAUCACCACCAGAUCCAUCUACUUUUACAGAAGAAAGUGCAGGAGUAGCAGAUUUAAUAACAACUUGUUCAGGUGGUAGAAAUGUAAAAGUUGCUAAAUAUAUGGUUGAAAAUAAAGUAGAUGCAUGGGAAGCUGAAAAAACCGUAUUAAAUGGUCAAUCAUCACAAGGAAUAAUAACUUCAAAAGAAGUUCAUGAAUUAUUGGAAUCAUUCAAAUUACAAGAUGAAUUUCCUUUGUUUGAAGCUACUUAUAAGAUUAUUUAUGAAAAUGGUAAUGUUGAUGAUUUACCUUCAUUAUUAGAAAGUGAUGAUUAG